UCAGCGGUCCGGGCGCCCGGCCACGUGACUCCCGGGGCCCCGCGGCCCUGAGCCCGGCAGCCAAGCUGGCGGCGCGCCCCGACCAGGCAAGGGGGCGUGACGCAGGCCGUGCGUGCUACGUGCCCCACCCCUCCCCGCCCGGAGCCCGGAUGAAGAGGAACGCCAUUCCUGCCGGAGCCGCCGAGAGCCCUCGCGGACGGGCACCGGACGCCGGAGCGGCCGCGCCAUGAGGCCCCUCCCCCGCCUGCUGCUGCUGCUGCUGCUGCUGUUCCCCGCCGCCCUGCUGCUCCGCGGCGGCCCUGGAGGCUCAUUGGCAGCGGCUGAAGAUCUUACAGAAGAUGAAGAAACAGUGGAAGAUUCUAUAAUUGAAGAUGAAGACGAUGAAGCAGAGGUGGAAGAAGAUGAACCCACAGAUUUGGCUGAAGAUAAAGAGGAAGAAGAUUUAUCUGGUGAACCGGAAGCUUCACCAAGUGCAGAUACAACCAUCCUGUUUGUGAAAGGAGAAGAUUUUCCAGCAAAUAACAUUGUGAAGUUCCUGGUAGGCUUUACAAACAAGGGUACAGAAGAUUUUAUCGUUGAAUCUCUAGACGCUUCAUUUCGUUAUCCUCAGGACUACCAGUUUUAUAUCCAGAAUUUCACAGCUCUUCCUCUGAACACUGUAGUGCCGCCCCAGAGACAGGCGACUUUCGAGUACUCCUUCAUUCCUGCAGAGCCCAUGGGUGGGCGGCCCUUUGGUCUGGUCAUCAACCUGAACUACAAAGAUUUGAAUGGCAAUGUUUUUCAAGAUGCUGUCUUCAAUCAAACAGUUACAAUUAUUGAGAGAGAAGAUGGGUUAGAUGGAGAAACAAUCUUCAUGUACAUGUUCCUUGCUGGUCUUGGGCUCUUGGUUGUUGUCGGCCUCCAUCAGCUCCUGGAGUCUAGGAAGCGCAAGAGGCCCAUACAGAAGGUAGAGAUGGGUACAUCAAGUCAGAAUGAUGUUGAUAUGAGCUGGAUUCCUCAGGAAACUUUGAAUCAGAUCAAUAAAGCUUCACCAAGAAGGUUGCCCAGGAAACGGGCACAGAAGCGAUCGGUGGGAUCCGAUGAGUAAAUGUUUUUGUGCAACUCGGUCUUCCCUUAACCUGCCCUGAUGUUGUUCGGCCUGACGGGAGUUAGUGCGGAGACGCCGUGGCACCCUAGGAGGCAGCUACUGCUUAAGUGCGGACUGCGCAGGCAGGGGCUGGCAAGAGUGUCGCUGAGGAUGCACUGUGUUUAUUUUCUAAAGUAACAAAUUUGGUUUUUUUUAAACCAUUAAAAUCUAUGUGUGUGCGUGUGUAUGUGUGUGAGCAGUUGGUCUUAGCAGAAUCAUUGUUGACCUACCUGAAGCAUGCCUUUAGAAUACUAAAUAUAAUGCCUACUGUCUCUUCCUUUUGGACAUUUCCUGACAUUUCCUCCUAAAACUCAGCAUUUGCCCAGUAUGAUUGUGGAUGUCCUGCCUUGGACUGUUCUCAAGGAAAACAAUGUUUCUUCUGUAGACUAGCUCAGAUCCCGCUUGAAGGCACAAAUUUGCAUGCUGUCGCUGUUUUACAACGAGUGUUCUAAAGGCACAGGCAGGAGUAGCUGCUUUUUAGCAAUAGAAUUGUUUUGGUAUUUUGCUGCUGUUUGCUGUAAUACGCACCUUCCAAAACCUUCCCAAGUGCAUUCAGGGAAUUUGGGGAUCUCUAGCACCAAAAUUGUGAAACGUGAAAAUUCUGGUUGUGAUAUAUAAAACCAACUUCACUCUUUUUUUAAAGAAGAAGAAAAUGGAACAUUUGUGGAAACUGACGUGUCCAUUGUUCUAUUUCUGACCCCGAGAUGGCUCUGGGAUAAGUUGAGACCACUGCUUUGUUUUUUUAAGAGAUCAUUUUUCUCUCCACAGUAGAAGCGUCUUGCUUAAGAAAAGUUGCCUUGGUCUACAGACGAAGCAAAAUUCCAGCUAAUCCUAAUCUGUUGAAGAGUUGGAUAAUUUUUAAUGGUUAACCAGUUGUUUUUUAUCUAAUCUUUGGAGUAUUUUGGUGGUGGUUUUUUUUUUUUUAAGUUAAUCCGACGAACUCCCAAAGUUUAAGCACUUAAGAUAUCAGAAGCAAAAUUAAUUGGACUUCAUAAAAUUCCUUAGUUACCCUUGCCCUAGGUAGUAAAUUAAGUUUGGCAUUAUUGUCAGACUGGAUAAGUAGUACAGUAAGAUAAUAUGAACAAAUAAGAGGCUUUUCCCCUCUGUCUUAAGCCAUAUUCUCCCACAUAUAUUUUGUAAAAAAAAAAAAACAACAGUAAAUGAAAUUUUAGUCGCUCUUUAAUUCCUGAUCUGUCUUCAUAAUGAACUGAGCCCUCUUUACUAUAAUCCCACCUGCACCCAUGCCCACAGAAAACAACAGAAGGGAACAGAAAUGAAAAAUCUUUCCAAGUUGCUUAAGUACUUAAACAUCUGAGCCAAAGCCGAGGACAGUAAAGCAAGUUACUGUGUAGUUGUUAAUCGCUUUGCAAGUAGGGCUAAGGUGUCGAGUGAACUAUAUUGCUGAGCUAUAAACUUUCUACGCCUGUAAUAUAAAGUGUGUGAGUUUUUAAUUGGGCUGUAUGAUCAGUAGUUUAUUUUGGAAAAGCUCUGUGAGCUCUAAGAAACUGCAUGGUUUUUAUUUGAUGUAAUAUAGGAGACCCUCCAUCUUCUCAAGGAAUAGAUCUCAAAACAUUUUUGUGAAUGUCCAGAUUUGUGAAAUUACUAGGACAUCAUGAAGUGAGGUGUAAUCACAAAAGUUAAAUGACCUCUACAGAGCAUUUCCUUGAAUUCCUGGUGGUACUUAGGCAGUGGCCACGCUAUGGUGAGAUAGGGGCGCCAGGCCUUGUGACUCCCGAGUCUCCUGCUGUAUCCGCCCUUCCACUUUUGGGGUUCACGUUAGCGCCUUGGAAGUUAUUUGUCAUGUUUCAUUUUUUAGCAUAGAUUGGGAACGCCCGACAACUCUUAAAUCCUCGGAUGCCAGGGGUCUCUGUAGUGUCAGUGUUUAUUAGCAGAAACUAACUCCAUAAUGAAUGGAAUUCAAUUCCACACAUGGUUUGUUCAAGCACACUUAAUACGUAGCCUGUUUUUUAAAUGUCUUUUUUAAAUGUAAAUAUUUGGAUGAUGUUUUUGUUUAUUUUGAUAUAUUACUUUGCCUCACCAACCUUGGUUUCAGAAUUCACCUUUGAACAGCUUGGUUCCAGAGUCAGUAAAAUGAACUGAGAAUCUGUGUAUCAGGCCUGUCGCUGGCAUGUCUGAGAAUCUUGUGUUCAUAACACAUGGGCUCACCUUGGUUGUACAGCUGCAUCAUUUGUUUCCUGAUCUUACAUAGUAAGUGACUUAUUGUAAGACUGUUCCUGCCCCCUUGAAGCAGGAAAUGGUACCUCCAAGGUAGAAGCCUGUGGAAAAUAGAAAUCAGAAAUCAUUGACUUGACUUUAGUGAAGUUUUUAAUUUCAGAAAGUAGGACUUUGAUAGGAGGAAAAGGCAAAUUUAGAUCUACCAAAAAAAAAAAAAAAUUAAAAA